UUUUUUAUCCGAACAUCGUGUUUACAUCGCGGAUGGAUACUUUAGCUUGGUCACAAGGCCGGGCCAGACGCAGCGACGUGUCGAAGUGUUAAACUAUGCAUUAGAGCCGAAGAAUUUAGGUUUUGAGUACUGGUGUUGAAUACAAGAUGCCAGGAUACUCACGGGAAAUCUUUGAAGUCAGGGUAGAAGACAAGUACCUGUGCUCAGCAUGCCGCCUUGUUCUCCGGGAACCCUUCCAGACAUACUGUGGUCAUCGCUAUUGCAAAUCAUGUCUGGAUGAAAUCUUCGACCUUCCAGAUAUACAGAUGUGCAAACAAUGCCCACAGGAUGUGCAGUCAGAAGAUUCAAUGCUAAAGAGAGAGCAGGCAUUUCCGGAUAGAGCUAUCAAGCGAGACAUUGGAGACCUGCCAGUUAAGUGUCUGAACGCAGGUCUGUGUGAGUGGAAAGGGAAGGCGGAGCAAUAUGAUGAACACCAAGAGACAUGUGAGUUUGUCCUAAUCCCAUGUCCAAAGCAAGGAUGUGGCAAACAGGUGAUGAGAAUGGAUCUUGCUGCACAUCUGGAGAAGGAGUGUGCUGUCAGACAAGUCAAGUGCAAGUACUGUGCACAGGAAAUACUGCUGAAGGAUGAAAAGGAUCAUCUUUUCAUAUGCCCUCAAGUCCCCGUGAACUGUGACUUCUGUGGGAAGAAGAAGAUACCAAGGGCCCAGUUGCAGCAACAUCAGGAUGAAGACACCGGAGAUUGUAAAAGGCUGAAAGUAGCCUGCAGAUUUGCUAAAGUCGGAUGUCAGGCAAAGCUGGAACGUGAGAAACUGAAUGACCACAUCGCCAAGAACCAUGUUGAUCACCUGAACCACCUGCUAGACAAUCAUCUGACUCUCAUGGAAAAGGUAAACCUCCUGAAACAGAACCCACAGGCUCAACACAUGCAGCAGGCAGUCAGCAAGAUGGAUGCAGACAUGAAGACACUGUUUGACAGGAUUGUUGCUUUGGAAAACACAGCAUCACAGGUUGGGGGAGCCUCAGGCUCUGCCUCAUCAGAGGUAACCAAGUUGCUUGAAAAUCGCAUUCAGCAGAUGGCUAGUAAGCAGGAAGAAAUGAGGCAUAAGUAUGUAGCAAUGGAAACUAGGGUCGCUACUUUUGAGGGUAUAGUCGCAGUUCUCAAUCGUGAGAUUGAGAAGUGUUCUGCUACCAUUGAAGCAUAUGAGAGGCAGCGGCGCCAGGACAGAGAAAUCAUAGAGUCCAUUGAGCGAAAGAUGAAGUCCCAGGAGAGAAUCAUCGCCCUCAAAGACGUGGCCCUUGCUGAGCAGGAUCUCCGAAUCACAUCCCUGGAGAUGACAUCCUACGAUGCCACUCUCCUCUGGAAGAUCCAAGACUUCACAAGAAAGCGACAUGACGCCAUCACUGGUAAGACAACAUCCAUCUACUCCCCCUGCUUCUACACCAGCCGUACAGGUUAUAAGAUGUGUGCACGCAUCUACCUGAACGGUGAUGGGAUGGGGAAGGGCAGCCACAUCAGCCUGUUCUUCGUCCUGAUGAGGGGGCACUUUGAUGGGUUACUGCGCUGGCCAUUCCGUCAGAAGGUGACCUUCAUGCUCCUGGACCAGAACAACCGUGAGCACGUGAUCGAUGCGUUCCGCCCUGAUCCAACCAGUUCAUCUUUCAAGCGCCCAACCAGUGACAUGAAUAUUGCAAGUGGCUGUCCACUGUUUAUGCCCCUCAGCCAGUUGGAGAGUACACGCCAUGCCUACGUCCGCGACGAUGCGAUUUUCUUAAAAAUCAUCGUGGACACGUCGGAUUUAAACUAAGGGCUGCCACCUUGUCACAUCCAAGGGGAAUGGCCAGACAGAGAGGUAUUGCCAGUUUUGCCAAGUGGCUCAGCACUCAGGAAUCAUCACAAGUGUACAUGUAUAUCAUACAUGCACUUUUGAAGAUAUCCUGUAAUGCGGAAGUCAACAUCUUCAUCGAGCAGAUCAGAACUUGCAAAUUUGUGCAAUUUUCAUGGUCACACCCAUGUAUCCCUCACUCUCUGGCCAUUCCCCUCGGAUGUGACAACUCACAGGUGGCAGUAAUCUCACACCAACAGGCAUCUAGAUAUAAAUUGAAGAGACCAUGGGUUAAACUUGUGAGAAAAUGUUUACUUCCUAAUCGUGCAAUGUAUGAAACUAUCCUGCCCACUAAAAGCGGCUAUGCAAAUUUAUCAAAUUGGUACAAAGCAAGUAUCCUUACCCACUUGGGAAUACAUGUACCUCCAUACCCAAAGUACAGUUUAACACCAUCAGAACAUAAAUCGUGCAUAACACCUUUAUCAGAAUAUAGCAGUGUAAGGCAACAUGUUACAUUAAGCGGCAAUGUUUACUCAAUUAAACAACUGUAUGAAUUACCCUGCAUGUUCAUAAGAUGACGUUAGUGUCCGUAAAGUGACAGUAUGGCAUGGAUAGAACAAUGAGCUAUGUUGCGUGUUAUACAGUUACUUUACGGACUUUCUUAUGGACAUACAAGAUUAAUUGAGUUUGCAAUUGAGUUUGACGAAAUGUGUUGCUUUGCAUUGGUGUAUUUCUACUUUAUUGGUGUAUUUUUAGUCUACAAAGAGACGUGUAAGAACAUAAAAAUGGCCUUGGUCUAAAUCUGGCCCAAACGGUACCAUGUGAGAUGCGUCCGCGUCGCGGUAUCGGAAAUAUUCUGACCCCUCUGGUAGGGUUUGAAACUCUAACUUUCCUCCUCUCUUUGUAGUGAUCAUCAUCAAAGUAGAGAAAUCCACCAAAUUUGACUGUUGACUGAGACAUUGAAGGUACUGUUGAAUUUAUGAUCAAAGUUAUAAAUGUGGUUUUGACAGAUGCCUCAAUGCUAGCUUCUGUAGUUGCUGUAGUAGAGACAUACCAUCAAAAAUUCUUCUCUUUUUUCAAGUCCUGCAGAUAGAUCAGCAUAGCCAAAUCUCACCAUCACCCUUAACUGCUUCUUACCGUAAUUCCAUCAAGAAAGCAUCAUGGUGAUCGUAUGUCUAACAACAUCAGUGCACCUGUAGGAAAGAAAUACCACUAACGACAAGUCCUACAUUGAACUAGAUUUCUGAUGUCACAAUAACAUCAUACUGUACAUGUCCAUUGGAAUUGUCUAAUUUCUAUUUGGAUUUUUCACAAUGGAUAAGAGGAGGUAUUCCCCACGAAAGAGUGGCAAGCUAUGCAUUUUACCUCAUUGGCACAAUACCCUUAACUGGCGAUAUUCUACAAUAAAUGUCAUAUAUCAUCCACUUCAUCUGAUGCCCAUCCCCUUUGUUCAUUUAGAAGUAAUGCCUUAAACAAGCUAACUACCCAAACUCUUCAUGUGGAAAGAGGUGUUGGAAGCUUGAACCUGCAGGGUUUGGUCAUUUUUUCACAGAAUAAUGUACCUAAACAUUUGAGCCCAAUAUCACAUCAGUGGAUGAAAAAGUAUUUUCAAUCUUUUCUGAAUGAAUAUGAUAUGCAUAACAACUACUUUGCAGAAGCAAAGAUACUUUACAAGAUGAAGGACAAUGACUAUGAGGAUUGAAUGUUGAUGUCUUCUGAUCAGAUGCCCGUUGGUGUGACAUUUCUGUCACCUAUAUGUGAGGGCCCUAUGUUUUGACUUCAGUAGUGCAGCAGACAGCCUUUGUUGUUGCUACUAUAUUUGCUAGCACAGAGGAAUAAGGGAUCAGAAGAGCAACAUCACAUUGCAAAUGGAGAGCAAAGUGCCUCAAAGGGCUCUUCUCAUAUCACUGGAUGCCACACAUCUACUUUUGUAAUCUCCAAGCAGAUCUAUUGGUGGCAAAGACUGUAUCCAAGGACUAAACAGUGUCCAACUCCCCCCAGGAUCUGUUUGACUCUGUUUAGCUCUUGGAUGCUGUCUUUGCCCUUAAUAGAUCAGCUUCAAGAUUACUAUUUCUGUACAAGUUAACUUUCCUUUGGAGAUUCCCUAGGCUAAUGUACCCAAGCUCACAUGAUCUAGUAUUUAAUCUUGUGGGGAAGCAUUGACAUGGAUUCAUCCUACAAGUUAGUACAAGUGUCAAAACUGAUUGUACAAGCAAAUGUUUCCCACAAGACCAUGUAAGAGUGUAAAAUUUUGCAGAUUCUCUUACACCCUCUAGCUCACUUGGUGUAGUCUUUAGUCUAGUGGGGAAAUAUCUACAAGAUUCGUCCUCCAAAUACGAAAACUGAGUACAAAGCCCAGUUUUAUCAAGCUUAACAGCUACACAUGCUUGUCUGAACAAUUGUACCAGGUAAGUAUAUACAAUCAUCAAAUCAUCAUUGAAGCACAGAUUGCCACUUGGUUCCCCUUCAUUGUAUUUUUCUGAGGACCCUAAUUGUUAUUGUUUUGCCCACAUUUUUUGUUGGUAACUAUUCUCACUUGUACUGAAUACUUAAGAUAAUCUGUUUUUUAAUGCCCAAUUGGCUGAAGAUAAUUUCUGCCUGUUGAAAUAAAUGACAGCAAAUUUUACAAUAUAUGAAGGUUGAUAUCAUGACUGAAGGUACAAAUGUACAUGUAUUAUCAUAUUAACUAAUAUGAUGCAGAAUAGGAAAAAAAUCAAUGGGCUCAAGGUUUAGAUUUAAUUUUUAGGGAAUACAAGUCAUUCUAAAAUAACCCCAAAAAGUAGCUAUAGAAGUACACAUGAAAGACAUGGGUUAUGUAGUACUACAUGAUAUUACCCAAAUCCCCAUGUAUAUCUAUCUAGACAGUAAGACACUGUUUUUGACUUUCCUUGAAGUUACUGAAUUAGAUAUAAUUUAAUUACUAUUAUCUAUGAUAAAGAACAUGUAUCUAACACAAUUACUGUACUACCCACAACUACUUGGAUACUAACAUGAGUACUACCUUACAUCAAGACAGGUACUCACUUUGUCAUUUACAAUGUUGUGUUAUCUGAUGUCAUGUUGCAUUAUGCUGUAACAGUUGAAUCAUAGGGCACAUGCAGGUGGUGUAGCCCAAGAUAUGUAACAGUUUUGCAAGUAUGUACUGAUUCAUGCAUAGUAUGGUUUAGAGACCCAUUGUGGUGUCAUCACAAGCUUUGAAUGUACACCAGUUUGAUGUGAACAGUGGUUUCUUUCAUGUACAGUUGUACAUUCUUUAACUUUGCUGAUAAUACUAAGUAAUGGAAACGUUUUUGUUGAAUAUUCGGAUGCAGUUCUAGUUUGUAGCCAAACUUACUUAGUGUGUUUGCAGCAAUUAUGGAAUUUGUGUGCAUUCGUAACUGUAUUUUUAUGCAUUCAGUUGUAGAAAGUGUGUAAUUGUGUAGAAACAAAGGACAAGUGUUUGAAUAAGCACUUUAAACAACUUACAUUGCAACUGCUAAAAAGUAGAAUGUAACUUGCUAGUUCACCUUUAUAUGCAGGGUAGCCUACAUCCAUUGUUUUUAGAAACAGGGUAUUUUAGUAUAUCGAGCCAACAAAAAUAACUGAAACCACUGUCCUAUGACUUGAUAUCUCUAAAUAUCCGGGCCUAUUUUAAAAACAACAGAUAUAGGUUACUCUGUGGAUAAAGGUAAAUUAGCAUUAUCUGAUCAGUCCAACCUGUUAGAUACACCAGAAAACAGUAAGGUUAACCGGUUAAUAAGUUGAGUUGUAAUAGCAUGCACACGGUUUGCUGUCAUUAUCUGCACUCGUGCAAGUUUUGUUAUACAUGUAAUAAUGUCAUACAUUCUUAGUUUUGUUGAUGUUGCACUUGCUACCAAAAUUUCCAUUGUGUUUUCUUCUUAUAGAGAUUGCAUUCAAUUGAAAUAAAGUAUCCAGUAGAAUGAUGAA